AUGGGUUCUCUCGGUGCUACACGACAUUGCGGCCGCAGACUGCUGCAUACGACCGUCGAUGAGCUUGCUCAGACCGAACCACUACGCCCCUGGGCCUCUGUCCCACUUGACGAUGACGACUUAGCCAAAGGUUACGAGGACAUCACCUAUUCUGUGCUGGCAAAUGCCGUCAACAGACUAGCUUGGUUUAUAGAGUCUUCUCUUGGCCCAGCCAAUAACUUCGAGACGUUCGCCUAUAUCGGUUGUCCAGAUCUUCGGUAUCAAAUGAUGUCGUUGGCUGCAGCAAAGACUCAGUACAAGGCCUUAUUCAGCUCUCAUAUGCACUCGCCACCGGCUCACCUGUCACUUAUGGAGAACACAAAGACCCUUGCACUCUUCACAGCUAAAGGUGUCGUAGUAGAUGACAUUCUUCGUGGCCGACCUAUGCCUCACUUUAUCAUCCCAGAUCUAGAUGAUAUGCUCGAGUCUCCACCCAUAAAGCCCUAUCCAUACAGCAAGACCUUCGAAGAAGCCGCCCAAGACCCGUACCUGAUUCUCCACUCCAGUGGCACCACUGGCAUGCCUAAACCGAUAGAAUACAACCAUGCCAGCGUUGCCGCACUUGAUGCCCGCGGUAAUUUAUCGUCCGUCGACCAAGAGACCAAACAGCUGCGUCGCUUUCUUGAACACCCAGGCCCUUCACGCUUCCUCGUUCCUUUUCUUCACUUCCAUGGAAUCUGUACCGUUGUCAUGGCAGUCGCAACAGUGUUCGGUAGUGCUACCUACAUUCCCGGCUUCCGACGCCGACUCACGACCAAGGACGACAUCUUCAAGGUCCUCGACCAUGCACGAGUCGAUGACGCCUUCCUCUCGCCUGCCAUGAUAGAAGACAUCGUUACCGCGCCCCAGGCAGCUGCAUACCUCAGCAAGAUCCGCUUGCUACUCUACGGCGGUGCCCCGUUGCACAGCGCCGCCGCCCUCUUCGCCUCUCAACACACCAACCUCCAAUCCCAAUGGGGCAUCACCGAAACCGGCAAAGCAAUCGACUACGCCACAUCCCCCACCGACCACGACUACUGCGCCUUCGACAUGGCUACCUCAGGCCUCCGCAUGCAACCCGUCCCCGGCACCCCCAACCUGCACCACAUGUUCAUCGACCGCACGCCGACCUCCCACCCCUACGCCCUCAUCUUCCACCGCGACCCCACCCUCACAAGCUUCGACACGGGUGACCUCUGGACCCCGCACCCCGACCCGACCAAAGCCGCCUUCACAUGGCGCUACGCGGGCCGCACCGACGACCUCAUCACCUACGCCGAAGGCUCCAACCUCCAACCCACGCACUACGAGCUGCAGCACGCCGAGCACCCGCUCGUGCGCGCCGCCCUGCUCUCCGGCACCGGCCACCGCCAGCCCUGCCUGCUGCUCGAACUCAACGACCCCACGCCCCUCGCGUCACCCACGGACACCGACGCCGUCCUGUCGCAGCUGUGGAGCGAGAGCAUCAGCCCGAUCAACGCCGUGGCGCCGCGGAACGGGAAGGUCGAUCGCUCGCACGUGCUGUUGUUCGGGGCACCCUCUGAUGGCGGCGGUGAUCCGGCAGGGAUGACCUUCGAAAGGAACGUCAAGGGCACGGUGGCGCGCAAGGCGACGCUGCGGAAAUUCGAGGCGCAGAUCGAGGCGUGUUACGCGAGGUAUGGCGAUCGGGGCGCGGACCUGACGGGGCGGUUGAGAGAGCAGGAGUAG